AUGGGAAUUUUUCGAAAAUCAUACGAAAAAACCAUGACGAAGGAACAGCAAGCCGAACGUCACAAGAAAAUUGCCUUUUUUGGUGUAGCAGCCGGUACAAUAGCUACGAUAUGUAGCGUAAUUGUCACACCACUUCUUUAUUACUACAUUCAAACAAUACAAACAACUUUAACGAAUGAAAUAGAGUUUUGUCAACAACGUUCCAGAAAUAUGUGGAAAGAAUAUGCAUAUAUUGAGAAGAUGUUUAACAUAAAACAGCGACGCACAUCACGCAAUCGACGUUACGUGAGUUACUACUAUUAUCCAAAUAUACAAACAUCACCCUAUGAAAUGUCACCAAAUAUGGAAACAUCAUCCUAUGAAACGUUAUCAAAUAUAGGAACACCAUCCUAUAACGUAUCACCUUAUGACGUUUUAAGUCCCUAUUCGGAUACCACAUACACAAAUAUGCCGCGGAAUCCUGAAUGUUGCAGUUGUGGAAUCGGUAAAGCUGGAGAAAUAGGAUUACCUGGACCAUCAGGAGAUCCAGGAACUGAUGGGCUUCCGGGUAAAAAUGGUCUACGAGGUCCAGAUGCAAUGAAAGGAGUGGAUUAUCAUCAUCAGGAAUGGUGUUUCGACUGUCCACCAGCACCAGCUGGUCCUCCUGGUUUGCAAGGUCCAAAGGGACCACCUGGUCAACCUGGUACACAAGGAGCUAAUGGACCAAAUGGCGUUGAUGGAUUGAUCGGAUUUCCGGGAAAACCAGGAAAUCGUGGAAUUCCUGGAAGUCCUGGAUUGAGGGGAAAAGCAGGUCAGCCAGGAGAGAUUCGUGACAUACCCGGCACAAAGGGACGACGAGGACCACCAGGUUUGCCUGGUCUACCAGGAUCUGAUGGCCAAGAUGGAAAUGAUGGACAAGAUGGAUUGUCGGGACCACCGGGUUUACCCGGUGAACAAGGAGCACCGGGAAUACCAGGACGGCCAGGAGAAGAUGGUUUCGAUGGACCUGCUGGAGAAAUGGGUGGUGAAAAUGAUUGUGAUCAUUGCCCGGUUCCACUUUUCGAAUCCGGUAAUGAAUAA